CCCCGAGAGGCUCUCUUUUGGGAUCUUAGCAUCUCGGUUACAAUGCUACGGUACGUGGAUCUAGCUUAAAGGCUACCUCUCGGCAUUAAUCAUCUUAUACGGGAUACCAAACGGUAUCUAAACAAGCAUGCUACCACUUGUUCUCAUGUUUCUUGAUGUGAUUCUCAUUUGUUGCGAGUACAGACAAAGUAAGCUUUGUUGUCUCCCCCUUUUCUCAGUUUGCUGUAUUACUUGUAAGAGAUUAUCGUAUGCAAGCAAGCAAACAAACAGCGUGCAUAUUCGGUGGCUUCUGACAUACCCAGCUAGCGUUUAUGAUACAUUCCCUCGCCUUGCAGUGCCCACCCUCCUCUCAUUAACUGGGAAUAUGUCACUGCGGAUACAAUAUUAUCAAUCUCUCUCAAGCAUCAUAUCCACAUCCACAUCCAUACAAGCCUCUCUUCCAGUUCAUCUCCAUCCCCCGUAGUAUCCAUCCCAAAGGGCUCCUCCAAGUAAACCAUGCUGCUCGCUUCGCUUAGCUGCCACCAUUAAGAAAGAAAGAAAAAAACAAAGAAAAGAAGAAGGGAAAAACAGUCCCACAUGUCCCUUUCUC